CACUAACAAUAUAAAUAUAUUUUUUUUAUUGAUUUUCUCUCAGCUCCUUCAGCUCAUCCCUUACUUCCAUUCUACGGGAAACCAAGGAUGUCCUGCUGCAGCUUGCAAAAGAGUUUUACUGCAGCGAGCAUCUCUGCGAAUUCAGCCUGCUCCCUAAAUCAGUGGAACAAUGGGCUAAGAGAAUGCAGCAACAGGAGCUGGGAUACCAGGAGCAGGGCAGAAUGUUCCUGAGAAAAAGCAAAGAUGAGCUGGUGAGGCAGCUGUUUGUGUUCAGGGGGCUGCUUAGGAGCUUACCUGAGAUUUUGAUCAAAAACCACGAAGGACAACAUGUGACUUGGCUCACAGCGGAGGUAGGCGCAGUCCAGGAGAAGCUGGAAAAGCAGCUGGCGACCAGCGAGGAGGAAAAGAACUCCAAUUUCUAUGGGCUGAAGGUGUCUCUUGGAGAGAAAGAGCUGCAGACACUUAACAGCAAGGAGGAGCUCAGACAGCAACAGCUGCUCAGCGCCACCCUCAGCACACACCUGGAGCUGCAGGAGUGUUUGAGAAGGAGAGCAGAGGAGUUUGUGACGUCACUGUCCUCCCUGACAGAGAAGCUGCUGCAUCUCCUGGAUGAGCUGCUGAUAGCUGAAGAACCUGAUCCAGCAAAACCUCCCAGUGCUGUAACCACAGCAACAGAGGCAGGAAGUGAGCUUAGAGGAAGCAGGGAAUGGCUCGCUAUUGCUCGCCGUCUUGCAAACCUUAACUUAGCAGAAUCCUUUAUCCCAAGACCAGCAUCCAUCACCACAGCCAGGAGCAGCCGGAAUUUGGUUAUUGAGCAGAGAGAUGCAGCAUUAAAGCGCUUUCAGCAGCUGAUCCAGUCAGAGGAGUCCAGUUCUGAUGUCAGCAAAGAGAAACAACUGGGCAAACAGCACAGCUGGACGUCCUACUGGAAACAACAGAUUCUCGCUAUGAGGAAAUUCAAAGGCUAUGUGACACCGAGUGAAGACAAUUGAUUUGCUGUUUUGUUUCUGUAAUUAUAGUUGUUCAGCAGGGGGACGACGAUGCUGUAAAGUCUGCUGUUUAUCUGCUCUAGUUUUGAUGCAUUAAGAUCUGUUAUUAGCAUCCCUGCUUGUUUGAUUUGUUAAUUGUUAUAUGUUAUAUUUGAUCUUUUGGAACAUUAAAGUUGAUUUAAACAGCUUCAAAUGGAACAAUAACCUCAUUUUAUUAAAUGGGCUCAUAAAUGAACUGGGGAACAUUUCGUUUUCUUCCUGUCAGGUUAGAAUUUUGUCAACUAUUUUCCUGAAGGUGUUUAUUGAAGGAAAAGUUCAGUCAUCAAGGAAUAAUCAAUCGAUAAUUGUUUAUACCUAAAAUGUAUACGUUUGCAGUGAUUUAAUGAAUUAAGUGUU